AGAGAUGAUGUGCCACAGCCAGCACCUGUUGGUGAAAUGGACGUUAAUACCGCUCUUCAAGAAGUUUUGAAGACUGCUCUCGUUCACGACGGCCUUGCUCGCGGUUUGCAUGAAGCUGCUAAAGCCUUGGAUCGGUAAAUAAGAUCACUUACUUUAUCUUGAACGUGCUUUUAGUUUAACAUAUCCUUCUCAGGCAGGUAGAGAAAAUAUCGGAUUUGUUUCCUUUAUCGGGGUUGAAGGUUGUCUCUGGUGAAUUUCUCACGGUACAGCUGUUUUUUAAUCCAACAAAUGGUGAGAUUUUAAAAACCACGAAAUAGCCCUUUCCUGGACAGUUAUUGUUACAGAAUUGACAGUUUAAGGCCACUGAUCUAUAUUAAAUCAGCUUUCACCAAAGUGCUAGGCUUCUUUGUUUUAUAUACUGUUGAUGCUUUCGUUGCUUGUACAGUGGAACCGGCCUGUGAAUAUGGUCACCAAUGGGUCAAAAUACUUUGGCCGUAUUGCUGGGGCAGAGUCAAAUUUCAUGACUUAGGGCUUGUUUACCUGAAGCUGGGGUGAGGUAACCCACUUAGUCAGAGGUAACCCACAGUGUUCUCCCUAAAUUUUAGCUCGGCAGAUAAGCAACCAUUCAUGGCCAGUAAGGCAAAAAAUAUGCCCCAGAGGUGCACUUUCCUGGGGGAUCGCAAAAAUUUUACUCUGUCUGCAAUGUUCCCUUUCCAAAAUGACUGUGGCCCAUAAAAAAAGCUAUAUACUUUGGUGCUUUUCCAUAUAUUCGUUUGUUUCCUUGAUCAGAUGGGAUCACAACUUGCAUCUUUUUUAAAACUACGUAUCUAGUUUUAGUAAACCUUCAAGCAGUUGCAGGCGGUAUGAAGUGUUGCUUCACAAAAUUUACUGCCUGAUAAGGAGAACACUGAACCCACCUGUCCAUAUAAUCUCUCAUUUUAGUUUGAUCACAUUUACAUGAUAAUUGGGGUGCUCCACCACAUGUUACCUCACCUAUCUGGGGUCCCCCACCUCCUUGUAAACAGGCCCUUACAGCUGGACUUAAGGACUCGUGCGACUGUAAUGACAAAUACAUCAUACGUCACAUUCAUACUUCUUGAACUAUUAUUGUUCUCUUUUCUAGACAACUGUAAUGUGCGCAUCGCGCACAAUAAUGGUAAAAACUACUUUAAACUUUCCUUCAGUACAUAAAGCACUUUAAAAAAAUGGCUAUUAAACCGCCACAAAUGUAAUCUAGGUGUACUGCUUACUAGUUAAAUGUAAUAGACAUGUCAGGCAUUUUCAUUUUCUAAAUUUUGAACGAGUGGCCACAUUAAUGGUCUGAAAUUAUAAGAGGUUGUUCUGUUUGGGAUAUUAAAAUGUAGCUGUUCACCAUAUUAAUGGGUGACCACAUUAACAAGGUUUUUAUAACAAAAAUGUAUGACCUUUUUGCCAGGCCGUAAUGAGGACGUAACAGUAUUACUGAGGUGGUCGUAAGGUGGAGUUCCACUGUAAUAUCAAAUGACCUGUGUGAGAACUUUAGUUGCCAGCUUAAGAAGUGAUUUGAGCCUCAUCAUCUGCCUUUCAAUGACCCCCAUUCUCAUUUGACUUGCUUUGCUUGCUGCUAAGAUAACUUCUGUCUAAAUAAUGUAGUCUAUUCCUACCAUAAUUAUGUGCUAGGAGCAGGCAGGUUAGCCUUCUGCUGUCCCUUGCACAGUAGGCCCCACUGGGACUGUGAAAAGGUGUUCCACUAUCCUCUCCCAACCUCCCCCUUCACUUCCGCAAAAAGUCAAAUUCUUGCAACCUUACAACAAGGCAGUCAUGUUGGUUGAGAAAACAAUACAAUUUUUCUAUGCACAACUUGCAUAAGAAUUAAGAGUUUAGUUUGCAUCGGAGAGAAACCCUUUUGUUCUUGUCAACCAGUGUGGCCACUGUCACUUCACCUGCAAACCAGCAAUUUCAGAAAACAUUAAAAUUCUUCAUGUUAUCACCAUCCCAUAUUUGCUUAUGUUUAAAACUUACCAAACUUUUUCCUUUGUUUCCACAGGCGUGAGGCCCAUUUGUGUAUCUUGGCUAACAACUGUGAUGAAACCCAGUAUGUUAAACUUGUGGAAGCUCUUUGUGCUGAACACAACAUCCACCUUCUUAAGGUAAGAUAACUGCGGCAUUUUUUAUGGUGCGAUGACUUACCCGCUACUUAACAUGACUGGCUAAUCACAGGUCAUGUUGACAUUUAACUUGGUAGUUCAUUGGCAAACAGGAAUGUUUCUUGAAAUUUCAAAGUGUUAAGUUCACUGCACUGCAAUCAUGCUCAAGAAACACUGUCAUAAGAUUUGUGUGCCAUUGUUAAUAUGUUCAAAAUUUUUACUUACAAUCAAUAGCAGUACCGUUGAAAAGGCUUGAGUGAAAUUUUCAGCAAAAUUCUCAGCAAUAUGUCCAUGAUUUCUGAGCAAGCUUUAUCAGCAAAGCUUUUGAUUCAUAACUGGCCUUUGCAACAAACAGUCUUACCCUUGUCAUAUUUUAUUUUUCUUAGGUAGAUGAUAACAAGAAACUUGGUGAAUGGGCUGGUCUCUGCAAGAUAGAUAAAGAAGGAAAGGCCAGGAAAGUUGUCAGCUGCAGCUGUGUUGCUGUCAAGGUGAGAAAACACUCACAUCCCUCUAUUUUAAGGGAACAAAUGGGAAGUUAAAUUAACUAAAAAUGCAUGGUGAAAGCAACAACAUAGAAAUAAAAACAGCAGCAUUAAUGACUAACAGCUCUGCGCAUAUACAUCACACUUUUUUGCAUAUUUCUUUUCCAUCUUGUGUACAAUAAUAAUGUGCACAAUAGUUAUUGCAGUCAAAUUUCCUAUUGCAAUGUUUUAUGAAGGUGGUAUAUAAGAUAUACAUAACAUAAAUAAAUUUUUGUUUCCCUUUGAACUUGGUUGCAGUUCCUAACAUUUAACUUUCACCCAUUGCUUCCCUUCUUUUGUCAAGGAAUUAAGUUGGAACGACUGCAGUGAAGUUCAAAGGAAAGCACCUUCAUUUUAAAAGAGUUACUUGGACUGCCUAUCACAUUUCGUAGCUCUAAUUAGCACUAGUCAGUUCUCAUAAUCAAUAGAAGCAGGUUUUAAUCUUUGCUUGAAUUUUUUAACACUCAGUUGACAUGUUAACUUCACAUUGCAAAGAUAAGCUUGCUGGUGUUGUUGUUGUUUUUUUUAAAACAAAAAAAGACUAUUAGUUUUUUUGUCAACAAUGUGCCUUCCUAUGAUGAAAAAAGGACUCCCUCUUCUGAGUUACUCUGAGGAAAUGUCCAAAACCGGAAUCGAUAUAAAGAAUCUGAGGGGGCACAGAAAAUAGCAAUGUUUGGGCUUAUUCAUUCCUGGCAAUGGCUAAGCAAAGUGAAAUAAUGUGGCUAUAUAGUGUAGCAACACCACUCAUAAGAAUGGCUUUCAAGCCUUCAUUUUAAAGUAUCUGGUCAAGAUGUCUUCCACUGAGUUAGCUUCAAGAAAUGUCCUGUACAACAUUCUUGCCAAAGUUUAAAAUGGUUUGAAAAAGGCAUUCUCAAAAACAGCUUUGUUCUAAAGUUACCUACCUUCCCAACAACCAGGUUAGAGGUCUGGGAUGCAGUAUAGUCGAGUGGUCAUUGCAUCAGUUUUGUAAAGAGAAGAGAGUUUUUACAUGUAGCUUUUGAACCUGCCAGUCUGGCAGGGUUUUAAAUCCUAUUAAGUUUGUUCUAAUUAUUUCUUUGAUGUUUUGGGUGGAUUGUCUACAAACUAGCUGGAGCAGCCAAGUGUGCUUCCACUUUAGACUAAGCAUUGUAAUUUCUUGGUAGGAAUAAAUUAAGUCAGGUGUUUGUUAAGUUCUGAUGAUACAUUUUCACUUUUUUCCUUUCAUAAAGGAUUAUGGACGAGAGGGCCAAGCACAUGAUGUCCUAAUGCAGUACUUCAAGACAAACAAGCGUAGCUAA